AUGCAUCAGACGCUCGCUGUUCUCCUGAUCGUGUGCCUGGCGGUCGCAUCCGCGGCCAACUGGAAACGAGGCUGGGGCGGCGGUGGCGGUGGAAUAGGAGGUUACAACGGCGGCGGAUAUAAUGGAGGCGGCGGAUAUAACGGAGGCGGCGGAUAUAUCGGAGGCGGCGGAUACAACGGAGGCGGUGGAUAUAACGGAGGCGGCGGAUACAACGGAGGCGGCGGUUACAACGGUGGCGGAUACAACGGUGGCGGAUACAACGGUGGAUUCAACGGAGGGUUUAAUGGUGGUUACCGUCGAGGUGGCGGUGGCAUCGGUGGUUACCCAGGUGUAGGCGGCGGCAUCGGUGGCUACCCAGGUGUAGGCGGCGGCAUCGGUGGCUACCCAGGUGGCGGCGGCAUCGGCCGUCCAUACCCAAGCAAGAAAUACGGUCGCUAG